AUAGGGGGAGGCAGUAUAGGGAGUCAUGCGAGUCGAUCAGCGGUAGUCAGUUAAAUUCUCGCGCAUGCCACGCGCUUAACGGUGUUGUAAAUUUUCACAAGUGGUCAUGUCCGUGACACUUUUGCCCGCGCUUUCAUAGUCACAGGUUUGUAAAUCAAACAACGCUAUCUAUUUAAAUACAUGUAUGUCAAAAUAAUAGUCGAAUUAGUUAUAAAAAAUCGGUACAUUAAAAUUAUUUGAUGAAAAUUGACAGCAGUUUUGUUGCGUUUUAUCCUGCUAUAUGGUGUUUAUUGGUCUAUGUUAACUGAAAGCCUAUGAUUGAAAAUUAAUAUUCUCCGGCUAUUUUAUCAGUUCGUGCAAGAUAUUCAACAAUGGAAAUAUUAAUGCACGAAGUGAGUAAUGGUCAGGAGACAAGUACAGUUGAUACGAAGCUUUACAUAAAUAAACAACCAACAAAAAAAAUAGAAAAUGCACAAAUCAAAGAUGAAGAACGUUUCAUGAAAACCGACCCGGCGGAUACCGUUGAUAUUGCCUUUGAAAACAUCACGUAUACGGUGUCACUCGGUUGCAAGAAAGGUCAAAAGGAGAUAUUACACGGAAUCAAUGGAAGACUUCCAGCAAAACAUUUAAUCGCCUUAAUGGGUCCGUCCGGAGCGGGAAAAUCGACCUUGUUGAAUAUCCUAUCGGGGUUCAGGACGACUGGUGUUGAUGGAAAUAUCAACAUUAACGGUCACGCCCGAGAAAUAAAUUCUUUUCGAAAAUGUAGCGCAUAUAUCACGCAAGAUGACUGUUUAGAAGCUCUCUUGACGGUCAACGAGAACAUGACAGUCGCAGCUGACCUCAAGCUGCCCACGAGCACCCCCAGAUACGAAAAGGAAGCGAUAAUUAAAGAAAUUCUCACUACCUUAGGCUUACGCGAGCACAUGAACACUCAAACUGGUAGAUUAAGUGGAGGACAAAAAAAAAGACUGUCUAUUGCUUUAGAAUUAGUUAAUAAUCCGACCGUUAUGUUCCUUGAUGAACCGACAACAGGUUUGGAUAGUUUAUCAUGUACACAAGUUAUAAAUUUAUUAAAAUUACUUGCACGGCAAGGAAGAACAAUUAUUUGUACAAUUCAUCAGCCUAGCGCAACGAUUUUUCAAUUGUUUGAUCUGGUUUAUUUAUUAUCAAAAGGAGAAUGUCUAUUUCAUGGUUCAACUGAUCAUUUAAUUUCGUAUUUAGAAAAUAUCAAAUUGCCAUGUCCUGUGUACUAUAAUCCAGCUGAUUACGUAAUUGAAUUGGCUUGCGGUGAAUAUGGAGAAGAUAAAAUAUCGUUAUUAGUGUCAGCCGCGGAGAAUGGCAAGAAUUUACAAUGGUUCAAAAAUUCUAAUACCUUAUUAGAACCGAAUGGUCUAAAAACAUUGCAUUCACACAAGAAUUUGAAUAUAAGUAAUAAAAAUAGUCUUCAAGCAACUCCUCUGAUACAUCAAAUCAAAAUUUUAAUGAAAAGAGGUUUUUUGAUGUGUAAAAGAGAUGCUACAUUAACACAUUUACGAAUAUUAGCCAAUAUAGCCGUUGGCUUAAUGCUUGGCCUAGUAUUUCUCGAAUCGGGUACAGACGGUGCCAGAGUGUUAAGUAAUUAUAAUCUUUUGUUCUCCAUUCUCAUACAUCAUAUGAUGACCACAAUGAUGCUUACUGUAGUUACUUUUCCCAUGCAAAUGAGUAUUCUAUUAAAGGAACAUUUCAAUAGAUGGUACAGUUUAAAGGCAUUUUAUACGGCUCUAUCGUUGGUCGAGUUACCACUUUCGAUAUUCUGCUGCUUAAUUUUUACUUUGAUUGUAUAUUUUAUCACAUCUCAGCCAUUAGAAAUAUCACGAUUUCUAAUGUUUUUUUCGAUUAGUUUACUAGUAGUUUUAAUAUCUCAGGGAUUUGGUCUUAUGAUUGGAGCAAUAUGUAAUGUAAUUAAUGGAACUUUCGUGGGACCAACUUUAUCUGUGCCAAUGAUGAUGUUUGCAGGCUUUGGUGUAUCAUUACGUGAUAUACCAAUUUAUCUUAAAUGGGGUACAUAUAUCAGUUUCUUGCGAUAUAGUUUAGAAGGAUAUAUCAAUGCCAUAUAUGGACUUGAUCGACCAGUGUUAUCCUGUAAAGAAAAAGCUGUAUAUUGCCAUUACAAAUAUCCAACAAAAUUUCUUUCUGAUAUUGCUAUGGAAGGUGAUCAAUUUUGGAAUGAUAUCGUAGCGCUUUUCAUAAUACUUAUCAUAACACGAUGUUUUGCAUAUUUAUUUCUUAAAUGGAAAAUUAUAUCUGUUCGAUAA